AUGCAACAAGGACAAUAUAGAGAGCGAAGAGAGCAAUUGCCAAUUGCCAAGAAAUUGUACAAGGUUAGGGGGGAUUUAGGCUAACUUAUCGGGAAAAAUUCAAACGUCGUCAAAUGCGCUCUGAAGAGGAGAGCUGGCGCAUUUGAAGAAGGUGUGCGCGUUUAGGGUGCAUUUCGAAAAAAUUUUUGUUUUUUUUUUCGUUUUCCCGAGGAAAUCGGCCAAUAAAAUCCAAUUUUUCAGUUCAUCGAUCUUCCAAACGCAAAAAAUUGGCGAGUUCAACCCGACGAAUGUCUAGCACAUGGCCGAAUCGCUUCCUACACUCGCACCAAGUCCCGCUUCCUCCCCGAUGACUUGACUUGCCUUAAAAUGCGCCUAGCGACUGUAACCAGCCAUGGUUUCCUGAUUUUAUAUGAAGUUGCUGACCGUGGAAUUGUUGUGGAUUUGAGAAAAGCGCGUGCGAUUUUGACGAAAUGUGAUAGUUUCAAAGGAGAUCGAUUGAAGUACAAGAGAUGUCAUAUUAAGAUUCGACUUGAGUUUGGAAAUGUUCAUUUAUUUGUGAAAGAUGAUUCGAUUUCGAAAUGGACAUCUGCGAUUAUAUCUGCACAUUCGAAUAUCAAAAAGGUUUCCGAACCUAUUGUUGCAGUUUCCGAAGCCGAAGAAGCUGUAAACAACUCGGUUUCCUCAAAUUCUGGAAUUAUAACAGUUAUCGAAAACCCAAAACCCGAACAAAUUCCAUCAAUUCGUCAAGGAAAAUCAUCAGUUUCAUCGAUUUGUAAAAAACUUGAGACUGAACAUUUUGUAGCAGAACCAGAAGCUGUGCAGAAGGAAAAUUUGGCGGUGCCAUCAUUUGAGGAAGAAAAUGGGCAAGGAACAACGAAGGCUUGGUGGUUGAGAUCUCUUCGAUGCUAA